GCCCCAGCAGAUGAAUUCAAAGGUUCCUUCUAGGAAGCUGUCCCUGUCUGGGCAGGACAGAGGCCUGGCGCUGGGCUGGGCUGAGCUGAGCACGGCACCCUGUCCACAGGUUUGUACACACCUUGCCACAGCAGUGUGGAGAGGCCUAGGGAGCCAGGCCAGCAUGGUGGAGUUUGCUCCCUUGUCCGUGCCUUGGGAGCGCAGGCUGCAGACACUGGCGGUCCUACAGUGGGUCUUCUCCUUCUUGGCCCUGGCCCAGGUCUGUGUGGUCAUCUUCAUAGGCCUCCUCUUCACAAGGUUCUGGCUCCUCACCGUCCUGUACGCCACCUGGUGGUACCUGGACUGGGACAAGCCGUGGCGGGGCGGCAGGCCCAUCCAGACCUUCAGGCGCUGGGUCAUAUGGAAGCACAUGAAGGACUAUUUCCCCGUCUCGCUGGUCAAGACUGCUGAGCUGGACCCCUCCAAGAACUACAUUGCGGGCUUCCAUCCCCACGGAGUCCUGGCAGCCGGAGCCUUUAUCAACCUGUGCACUGAGAGCACAGGCUUCUCCUCGCUCUUCCCGGGCAUCCGCCCCCAUCUGAUGAUGCUGAACCUGUGGUUCCGGGCCCCCUUCUUCCGAGAUUACAUCAUGUCUGGGGGGCUGGUCACAUCAGAUAAGGAGAGCGCUGCUUACAUUCUGAACAAGAAGGGCAACGGGAACCUGCUGGCCAUCAUUGUGGGGGGCUCCCAGGAGGCACUGGAUGCCAGGCCCGGGGCCUUCAUGCUGCUACUGCGGAAUCGCAAGGGCUUUGUCAGGCAGGCCCUGAUUCAUGGGGCAGCUCUAGUGCCGAUCUUCUCCUUUGGGGAGAAUAACCUAUUUGACCAGGUGCAGAACUCUUCUGGCUCCUGUUUGCGCCGAGUCCAGAAUCGGCUGCAGAAGAUCAUGGGCAUCUCCCUCCCCCUCUUCCACGGCCGCGGCAUCUUCCAGUACAGCUUUGGUUUCCUGCCCUACCGCCAGCCCAUCACCACCAUCGCCAAAGCUCUGCCAGUCUCCCUCUCCUUGGCCUCUGGAUGCUCAUCUAUGAAACGUGAGAGAGAACUGGAAGAAAAUGACUCCUGAGGGCUCUGUCCUCUCCUGUAAUGUCACUCAAAGAUUACAAAAGAGCAUGUAGGGAAAAAGAGUAACGAGGCUUUUCUUCCUCUACGCUUGAGUAACAGCACAAAAGAAGCUCCCAGCUCCAGCCCUUUCCCCUACCUGCCCCCUUGUAUCACACCCUGGAUGUCCCUCCCUCCCCCAGCUGGAGAGAAGGUGGUGGGCAGUGAGUCCCUGCACUCACCCAAUGCACCUUCAAGUUUCUGGACCCUCUGAGCUGUGGAGUGGCAGCCAGAGGUUAUUGGAAGAUGGGCAAAGAGAAUUCCACCGUCACUGACUGACUGUGACUGGGGGCAGGCCUCUCCCCCCCCCCCCGCCCUCUGAGCCUCAGUUUCCCCAAAUAAGAUGACCUUUGAGUCUCGGUUUUGACAUCGCAUAAUUUGAGAACUCCAGGAGGACUCCUCUUGCUCAUUCUUUGUAACUUCAGACCUUGGCACAAAAGGAGGGACCCAACAAAUGUCAGUUCAAUAAACUAAAGCAUUCUAUUUUA